AUGAAUCUGUUUGAACUUGCAUUGGUAGCACUUGGUGCCAUCUCAGUGCACACGGCAUGGAGCAAAGUGCGGGCGUGGCAGAAUCUCCGCCACAUCCCUGGACCGUUUGGGGCGCGUUGGAGUCACGCCUGGCUCGUAAAACAGAUUUUUGCGGGCCUCUAUGUCGACCGGCUCCAGGAGAUCUAUGCCAAGUACGGGCCGAUUGUGCUCCUCAGCCCGGGCAUGGUGGCCGUCAGCGACCCCGGAAGAGAUUCGCAGCAUCAGCAAUAUGCGAUCGGCAUGGGGCCGGGUGCCCGCUACAAGAAGGCGCACGAGGUCCUGCGCAAGAAGCUGGUCGGUGGAUACAGUGGCAAGAGUGUCGGGCUCAGUCAGGUGCACGACAUGAUUGACGAGCGUGUGCUGAAGCUGGUGGACCUUAUCAAGUCCAAAUACGUCGCUUCCGUCAAUCAUGACCAGACUUUUGACCUCUCGCGACUGCUGGCACCAGCGUUGAGCUCUCGAUCAAACCUGCGCUGCGCGACCGGGCCAUUUUUGGUCAAGAUGCAGACAUGA